AUGGCGCCCGCUUCAUCUCGAUUUCUCGGCACAGGUGUUGCCCUUGGCCUAGCCAGCGCCUUUGUGGCACCGGGAGCCCGACCUCAAGAGCCUCGGCAGCCGGCUCAGGCCCGCGUCGCAAGCGCCCCAGCCGUCAGCGCAACUGGGACGCUGGCCACCUUGGCUGCAGCAUCUGUGACGCUGGCUGCAUUCGGCAAAAAGACUCAGCUCAAAUCCACGGUUGCGAAAGAAGUGGCGGAUGUGCCGCCUCUGUUCCAGCCCUCGGAACAGUUCGGUGCAACUGAGCCUUUGGGCUUCUUCGAUCCGCUUGGGUUCACUGCGGUGGGCGACGAGAGGGGCUUCCGCAAGCUGCAAGUUUCGGAGAUCAAACACGGGAGGGUAGCGAUGAUGGCAUCUAUCGGCCUGGUUGGUCAGCACUUCCUGAAGUUGCCAGGCUUUGAGCAGUCCCCCGCUGGCUUCUCCGUCAUGGGCAGGGGCGAAGGCGUGCUUGGCUUCUUCGGCAUCUUCCUGCUCUGCGGUCUCUUGGAGCUGGCGUGGCGAGAGGAGCCCGGCAGCGACCGCGAGCCCGGCAACUAUGGGGACCCCUUCGGUGUCAACAUGUACAACGAUGAGAUGAGGAUGAAGGAGCUGAACAACGGGCGCAUGGCCAUGAUUUCUGUGCUGGGUAUCUUUGCGGCGGAGAUCGCCACGGGCAAGGAUGCCAUGCAGCAGUUUGGUCUCCCAGCACUGGGUGGUCAGGUUGCUUCUUCUUCCUCCGCGUCGCGCAGCAGCUUUGCAGGAAGGACUUCCUCUCGAGUGGCAGCCCAGCAGAGCAUUCUGCGUCGAGCUGAAGCAGUGGUGGAGGAUGUGCCGCCUCUGUUCCAGCCCUCGGAACAGUUCGGUGCAACUGAGCCUUUGGGCUUCUUCGAUCCGCUUGGGUUCACUGCGGUGGGUGACGAGAGGGGCUUCCGCAAGCUGCAAGUUUCGGAGAUCAAACACGGGAGGGUAGCGAUGAUGGCAUCUAUCGGCCUGGUAGGUCAGCACUUUCUGAAGUUGCCAGGCUUUGAGCAGUCCCCUGCUGGCUUCUCCGUCAUGGGCAGGGGCGAGGGCGUGCUUGGCUUCUUCGGCAUCUUCCUGCUCUGCGGUCUCUUGGAGCUGGCGUGGCGAGAGGAGCCCGGCAGCGACCGCGAGCCCGGCAACUAUGGGGACCCCUUCGGCGUCAACAUGUACAACGAUGAGAUGAGGAUGAAGGAGCUGAACAACGGGCGCAUGGCCAUGAUUUCUGUGCUGGGUAUCUUUGCGGCGGAGAUCGCCACGGGCAAGGAUGCCAUCCAACAAUUUGGCUUCUGA